CUUCCCCCACUCUCUCCUCUCUCUCUCUUCCUCGUCUCUCUAAAAUUAUCUCUUUUUCUCUCUCUAACGUUUCUCUUUCUUGUUAUUUCCCUAUCUUUCCUCUUCGCGGGCUUCCAUCGGAUUAAUCUGUGCCUACCGAUAACCUGACAAAAUUCCGGCGAUUCGUUUCAAAUGACUCGCUAUUUGGAUUCGCUUAAGGACGGACUCUUCUGCGAUUCCCAAAUUGGUAUAAUUCCUUUCCAAUUCUUAUCUUAGAUCCAUUUGCUUAUGAUUUAUUAUGGUUGAAUCAAUCAUUUGAUUCGAUCCGCUCCCGAGGGUCGCUAUUAUUCCAUGCAUGCCGAUCAAUCCAUCCAAAUUCCACGGACCACCAACGCUCGACUUCCUUGCAAUAAUCCCAAGCCCAAAAACAAUUAGAGCUGUUGAUUUUAGGAUUAGGGUUUGCUUGCAUUGAGAAAUGUUGAAGAAAAUUAUAAAGGGUGGGCACAAAAAGCCCUCUAAAUCUGAUGGUAACGAUUCUGGAUUUGGGCCACCGGGGACCCGAAACUCUGGGUCGGGACCUGCAUCAAAUGUGGUGGUGAACCAUGCCUCUCGGACCACCCCUGGCCCUGUAACUCCCAACAAUGGCACGACGGUCGUGGCUCCGCCGCCAAUGAAUUCGGUGGAGCCCCUCCCUCUUUUCCGGGAUGUGCCCGUAUCUGAGCGACAAAACCUGUUUCUCCGGAAGCUUCAGGUCUGUUGUUUCCAAUUGGACUUCAGCGAUACGCUAAAAUCGGUCCGAGAGAAGGAAAUCAAGAGACAAACGCUGUUGGAAUUGGUCGAUUUUAUUCAAUCCGGCUCGGGAAAAAUCACGGAAACCUGUCAAGAGGAAAUGAUUAGAAUGGUUUCCGUGAAUAUAUUCCGUUGUUUGCCCCCAGCUUCUCAUGAGAACACCGGGCAAGAAGUUGCAGAUCCCGAAGAGGAGGAGCCUUAUUUGGAACCCUCGUGGCCUCAUUUGCAGCUUGUUUAUGAGCUUCUUUUAAGAUAUGUUGUGUCAUCAGAUACUGACACGAAGGUUGCCAAGAAAUAUAUUGAUCAUUCUUUUGUGUUGAAACUGCUGGAUUUGUUUGAUUCUGAGGAUCCACGUGAGAGGGAGUAUUUGAAGACAAUUCUUCAUAGGAUUUAUGGCAAAUUUAUGGUGCAUCGCCCAUUUAUUAGGAAAGCAAUAAAUAAUAUAUUCUAUCGGUUUAUAUAUGAGACUGAGAGGCACAGUGGGAUCGGAGAACUAUUGGAGAUUCUGGGGAGCAUAAUAAAUGGUUUUGCGCUGCCAAUGAAAGAGGAGCAUAAGCUGUUUCUUGUAAGGGCGCUCAUACCACUGCAUAAACCAAAGCCAAUUUCUGUUUACCAUCAGCAGCUUUCUUAUUGUAUUGUCCAAUUUGUUGAAAAGGAUUACAAGCUUGCAGAUACAGUCAUAAGGGGUUUGUUGAAGUAUUGGCCUCUGACUAAUUGUCAGAAGGAAGUUCUCUUCCUUGGAGAACUUGAAGAAGUGCUAGAGGCAACACAGUCUGCUGAAUUUCAGCGCUGCAUGGUUCCUCUUUUCAGGCAGAUUGCUCGCUGCCUCACUAGCUCCCAUUUUCAGGUUGCAGAAAGAGCCCUGUUUUUGUGGAACAAUGAACAUAUUGUAAGCUUAAUUGCUCAGAAUUGUAGUGUCAUAUUACCAAUUAUUUUUGAGGCAUUGGAGAAGAAUAUCCAAAGUCAUUGGAACCAGGCAGUUCAUGGACUUACAGUUAACGUUCGGAAAAUGUUCUUGGAAAUGGAUACGGAGUUGUUUGAAGACUGUCAAAGGCAGUAUGAAGAGAAAGAGUCCAGGGCCAAAGAAGUGGAAGAGCAGCGGGAAAUGACAUGGAAGAGACUGGCUGAUGUGGCAGCACAGAGAGAAGGAGAUGAUAUGGUCAGUGUUUAACUUAUUUCUCAAGUUUGGCUAGUUCACCAUAAAAAAGAAAGAAAGAAACGUGCGGAUGGGAGACAACAGAAGCGCUCCUCCCCAUUUUGGUGCUAUUCUUUUGCAAUUUUUUCUUUUUUUUCUUUUCCUCUUUUAUUUAUUUAUUUUAUCUGAAUCCAAUCCUUAAAGAUAUCAGAGAUAGCAGCCAUAAAUGUAAUUUAAAAUGUAUUGAAUUUGUUAGUAAUAUGCUGCACAUGAAGAAUGA